AUGCAGUGCCCCGCGUGCAUGGAAGUCCUGAGCGGGCCCAGGCACUGGAGUCCAAGUCAGCGGGCACACAGUCAGCCCGUGAUUGGCGACUUGUUUGGGUGCCGCAAGUGCAGGCAUGCACCUCCGGCCGACUUUCUUCGCUCGUCAUGGGGCAGCCUGGCGGAUGCGUAUCAUGCCGUGCUGGAUGUGGAGAGGAAGCUUAUGGACAAGCGCAUCAGAUUUCUCAACGAAUACAAGGCUGCACUUCUCCCUGAUCAGCACGACGCCUACCAUGAGGAUCUGAACGAUGGCUAUGGGAAUGGGACCCUUACACACGCUGUGCUUAUCUUGAUUCCGGGCACGAGGGAGCUGAUGUCCAACCCGGGCACGGUUGGACCCUACGUGGAAGCCGGCCUGGUGUGGCUGUCUAAGCGGCAUCCCCGUGCCCAUUCGCGAGUCAAUGGAUUUGUGGAGGCGUUCUAUGCCUACUACUGCAAGCGCCAGCAUGGGCCCGCCACCGCCAUUCCCGAUAGCGCGCUCCAGAGUUGGGACGAGCUGCUCCGGGAGGCCGAGGACUUCUUUGAGCGCUACGAGCAGUGA